AAAGAAGUUCACCAAGGAGACACGGAAAAGUACUCUCGUACUUACCAAGUUCAAAGUAAAUGACAAGCUGGUACACAAGAGGGAGAGGUCACAGAUCGGCAGAGGAAUCCCUGAAAAUCAAGGUCCUCAUGGAAUUUGGAAACAGAGCCAUCUAGUUGGCUGACGAAGACUGGGACCGGUCCUGUGCUGACAGUGAGGUCAGCGCUGCUCUACCAAGUGAGGAUCCAGCAGCGCCACAUCCAUCAGACAACCAUGCUGUCUUGAUAUGUUGUACUGAUAUGACAAUGCCUGAGUAUGAGACAUUGGAUGAUCGCUGCUCACCAGGGAGUGACUGCUCCACGCCAGCUUCAAAGCCGGAGUCACCCAAAGUGUGCGGACGAGCCUGGGGAAGGUUGCUGAAAAUCUUCGAUUUGUCUUAUGCUGCUGUCUUCACUGUGAUUACUGAAUUCUUUGAAAAACUUACUUACUUUGGGGUACGAGCUAUCCUAGUGUUGUAUUUAACUAAUGCACUUAUCCUAUCUGAGAGCAAAGCCACAUCCCUCUACCAUGUCUUCAUCUUCCUUUCCACGUCCUUCACCAUCGUGGGAGCUUUUUUCUCGGAUUUCUGUUUUGGGCGAUACAGGACUAUUCUCAUGCUUUCUGUAGUGUACCUGGCUGGUGCCAUUGUUCUGUCAGUGACUGCUAUUCCAGGACUAAUGGGGCAGUCUGGGAUGGGUGCCUACAUUGGGCUGUUCUUCAUUUCCCUGGGAUCUGGUGGAAUCCGAUCCAGUGUGUCACCCUUUGGUGCUGAUCAGAUUGGCGGAAAAGAGGAGAAAGGCUAUCGGAUGUACUUUUCAUUCUUCUACUUUUUUAUGAACCUGGCUGCUUUCAUUGCAGGGAUCACCAUCCCAAUUCUGAGAGAGGAUGUCCAGUGUUUUGAUUCAGACUGCUACACUCUGGCAUUUGGAGUGCCUGCAAUAACCAUGUUAUUUGCUUUAGUGAUUUUUGCACUGGGCACCUCUACGUACAAGAUUUAUCCGCCUACAGGAAACCUAUUCUGCCAAGUGUUAUUUGCCACAUGGAGUGCCAUCAUAAACAAGGUCAAAUGGUACAUGAGUAAAAAAAAGGAUGGAGCUAAAGAGCAUUGGCUGGAUUGGGCUGACCAGAAAUAUGAGCAAGAGAUCAUCAAUGAUGCAAAGCGGCUGUACAGCGUGCUGGCAUUAUACCCACUGCUGCCAAUGUACUGGGCACUUUAUGAGCAGCAGGGCUCACGAUGGACACUUCAGGCCCAAGAGAUGGACAGGAAUGUGGGAUCUAUCAGACUGAAACCUGACCAGCUGCAGAGCCUGAACGUUUUAUUUGUGCUGUUGCUGUUGCCGCUAUUUGAAGGGUUCAUCUAUCCUCAAUUUGAGAAGAGAAAGCUCCUGAUUCAGCCAGUCACACGGAUGUCUGUUGGAAUGCUGGGAGCUGCUGUUGCGUUCUGUAUCACCGGGAUUCUCCAGGUGCAGAUUCAGAAGUGGCAGGUUAUGCCUCACCCGGAUGGUAUGACUGAAUUGAAAAUAUUUAAUGGAGCAACUUGCCAAGUUAACAUUGACUUCUUAGACCAUCACAUUGUAAUGGACCCACAAACGUUUUCCACCAGUUACCUUGUGCCUGUCGAUACCCUCGGACUACACAUUGUUCCAGUAAACUGUUCAGUGCUUCAGCUGCCAGUGGACAUAAAUGUCACAAUGGACCCAAAGAUCGGCAGUACAUUUUUCAUGGUGCGAGAUUACAAAACCAGGGGACUUAUUGUCAAACAGAUUCCUGACAACAAAAUGAAGAUUUUGGAUAAUUCAGCCCUCGUCCGAAUCUUUCCUGUGUUGGAAACGCCGGACACCAGUAGCAACAGGACUCUGAGAUUGACGUGCAAACGAAAUACUGUUAAAGAUCUGGCUGUGAGACCAUUUGUCCCAACACUCUACACACCUGUAAAACUUGGCAGGUGUACUUUACAGUUGUCAGGAGUUGGAUCUAGUUUUAUCUAUGUUGAAGGAGAAGUUGACCUGAAGGAUGGGGGUGUUUAUACAAUUGCUCUCUAUCAAGCUAAUCACACCGAGAAUGUCACUAUGCAGUUGAACAUCGAUAAUUGGCCAAAGACUGUCUCAGUGCUAUGGCAGAUUCCUCAGUACCUCGUAAUUUCAGUAUCUGAGAUACUGUUUUCGGUGACUGGACUACACCUGGCUUACACUCAGGCUCCCUCCUCCAUGAGGUCUGUGGUGAUGGCAGUUUGGCUCCUUACCAUCGGCAUAGGAAAUCUCAUAGUUGUAGUGUUCGCGGAGAGCGCACUGAUAACUGACCAGGCAGUGGAGUUCUUUGUGUUUGCUUUGCUCAUGGGACUGAUUUCAUUGAUCUUCAUCGUCACAUCAAGGUUUUAUAAAUAUCACCCGAUCGAUACCAGGGAUGCUUCCCUUAGUGAGUCCGACAAAGAGAAUGAAUCUGAUGGGCUGAACUCAGAGUUAAAGACAAUUCCGUCUUAUACAGGUGAAGAGCACAAAAUCAAUAGGUAGCUCUUCAGGAAACAAAUGGGCCACUUGUCCAGAAGCUGCCAAACCAAAAGGACACUGAGCAGAAUCAACAAGGGUGUGUGUAUGUGUGUGUUCAAAUUGUGUGUGUAUGUGUUGUGUGUGCUGUGUGUGUGUGUGUGUGUGUGUGCACAUGUGCAUUAUUUUCCAUUACAUUAAGUUAUCCCUUCUUUCCUAUAGUGACCUCUGCAAUCUGACUGCAUUGGCCUUAGUUUGAGAUGAACAAUAAAUUCAAUGUGUGCAAUAAGGUAGAAGUUGCUGGAUAUUCAAAAAUCAAAAUUACCUCACUUCCUUUUGACUGAAAUCAUUGGAAAGGAAAAAGAAACAUUCCCAGUACAAGCCAUUGUUUGUUCUCAUAAAUACCUCCUCUAUCUUCAACUCAGUGCCCUUGCCCUGAACCCAUUCAUGCUGUAUCUGUCCAAAGUGCUCCCUUAAGUCUCUCAACCAAUGAUCGUUACCAAGGGCUUUUCUUUGAAAUUAUCCAUGUCAGAAUGCAAAGGCCUUCAUGUCUACCCAUGUUCAGACGACUGGUCCAUCGGAAGCCCCACUUGGCCAGUUGCCCUGUUGUGUUCACCGUUUAAUAGGACCUUCACUUCCUUGUCAAUCACAGGGAAUCUCACUGGGAUCAAAACAAGACUAGAUACUACUUAAUGUUGUCUUGCAUUUCCUUACAGGAAGUGUCCCAACUUCUCAGACUGACUUACAGCCCCCGGAAACUGCAGUCUCCUUCACCAGAGAGAGAGGUCAUGUGUAACAGAAAGCAUCACCCUUGGGUCUCCAGUUUUAUAGCAGCAGUUAUUACGAUUGUGUCCAGUAUACGUUCAUUAGAGGGUGGAUGGACUCAAGAAAAGGAACCAAUUUGGCAUAUCAAGUGUCUAUGUGUUAAUCAAGUGUUAUGGGUAGCUUUGAUAAGUCUGGAGCAUGCCCAAGCAUGAUGUGGGCAGAACAAUAGCUCUCAGGUCAGGCUAAAAUGACAAUAGACAAUAUAGGGGUAAGCAAAUUAGAACCUAUUCCUGUUCUCUCACUCAAGACAAGAUCACUGUCUACUGAAACAUGUCCUGAUACUAUUGGCUCAGUGUGCAACUGGGUAAUAAGGUAGCAGAGGUCUUUGGUAAUCUGCCAUCCACACAACCAGAAUAGCCAUACUGAAAUGGUCCAGAAGAUUAUAUUAAAGACACAGGGCUAUUGGACAAUUGACCAAAUAUCCAUCACAACAAUGCAUUAAACAAGGUUCUCAGUUGAGCAUUGAAGAUUUUGCAUGUGAUUGUGUGGAUGUGUGUGGGAGUCUAUAUAUGUUGGUGUGUGAGUGAGUUUGGGUGUAUGUUGGUGUGGAUAAGUGAGUAUGUAUGUGUGAGUUUAUAUAUAUUAGCACAUGCGAGUGUUUGUAUGUGAGAGUUGUGUGUGUGUGUGGAUAUGAAUGAGGAUGUCCGUGGGUGUGUGUGUGAAUAUGCCUCUGUAUCUGUAUGAGUUGUGUGUGUGUGUGUGUGUGAAUGAGUAUGUCUGUGUAUGGUUGUAUGUUUGUGUGUGUGAUUGUGUCUCUGUAAUUGUGAGAGCUGUGUGUGUAAUUGAGUGAGUAUCUUUGUGUAUGGUUGUGUAUAUGUUUCUGUGUAUGUGUGUACAUGUGUACAUGUGUGAAUAUGUCUGUGUAUGUGUGCAUGAGUUUGUCUCUGUGUGAUUGUGUGUAACAGGGAUACCAUCUGUAACUGUGUUUCUGUCAAUCUGACACUAAUCUCUGUAUGCAUCAUGUGAAUGAUGUUGUCACUGGCCUUGUUGUUUGGACUAACACUUAAUAAUAAAGUGAGCAAAAAUAAUGAUGUGCAAUGAUGGAGAUAAAA